GGCUUCCAUCGAUAUUCCACAGAUCGUUACUGGCAUGUACCACACUUUGAGAAGAUGUUAUAUGACCAAGGGCAAUUAACUGUUUCCUACCUAGAUGCAUACCAGAUCACACAUGAUAGGACAUUUGCAGAUAUUGCCAACAAUAUACUUCAGUAUGUGUCAAGAGAUCUACAAUGUAAAAGUGGUGGUUUCUAUAGUGCUGAAGAUGCUGACUCCUUUCCUCAUGAGUGCUCAGAGCAGAAAAAGGAAGGUGCCUUUUGUGUGUGGACUUGCAGUGAGGUUGAAAAAGCCCUUUCUGAGUACAUUGAAGGAAGUGAAAGUAUUAAACUUUCGGAUGUGUUCUGUCAACACUAUGGUGUUAGCUCUGGGGGGAAUGUUGGUUUUGAACAUGAUCCACAUGGUGAACUGAAAGAUCAGAAUGUUCUUAUGGUUAGGGGUACCAUUGAAGACACUGCAAAAAAAUACAAAUUAAACAUGAAAACUACCCAAGAUGCUCUAAAAAAGUGCAGAGAAAUAUUAUUUGUGGAAAGACAGAAACGACCAAGACCUCACUUGGACAACAAAAUGAUAACAGCAUGGAAUGGUCUGAUGAUAUCUGGAUUUGCUAGAGCUGGACAAGUGUUACAUAAUGCUGAAUACACAGAAAGUGCUCUCAAAGCAGCAAACUUUAUCAGGACAUACAUGUAUAAUGUUGACACAGGAUGUUUAUUAAGAAGUAGUUAUGUUGAUGAAGGAGGCGAUGUUUCUCAAAUCUGUCCUCCCAUAAAUGGUUUUCUGGAUGAUUAUGCUGCUUUGAUCCGUGGUUUACUAGAUUUAUAUGAGGCUUGCUAUGAUGAUACAUGGUUGGAAUGGGCAGAACAACUACAGCAAAAACAGGAUGACCUGUUCUGGGAUUCAGAAAAUGCUGGAUACUUCACCGUGGCAGACAAUGAUCCAUCCAUUUUACUGCGAAUAAAAGAGGAUCAAGAUGGUGCUGAACCCAGCCCUAAUUCAAUAUCUGUGAUGAAUCUAUUUAGAUUAUCCAACUACCUAAACAAUGAAGAAUGGUACAAAAAAGCUGUUGACUUGUUACAGGUGUUCAGUGAGCGAUUGGAAAAAAUCCCAUUGGCCCUGCCAGAGAUGGUGUGUGCCAUCAUGUAUAAUGUUGGGGCACCAAAACAG